CCAUCUUCGCCGGCCUGCGAAAGAUGAGCGCAGCAGUCGCUCGUGCCCCCCGCCAUGUCGCGCCGGCAGUAGCGCAAAGCAUCCGUCCAACCCGGGUACCACCAAAAAUCCGUAAACCACUCCAGAAGGAUGAGAAGGGACUCCCAAUUCCGCACACAAACAUUAUAGUUCGUGAUACACACUCAUGCCGUCUGGCCGACCACUAUUACAACACCGUGCGGGACGACAUCAUGUACAUGACCUACAGGCACGAAUCGUCUCGCAAGGCCGCUCGUGUCAUCCGUCCUAAAUACGACCCCAACGAUCCGUAUACCAAGCACCGGUACAAUCCCCCAGUUGGCGGUGACCAGUACUUCAAGCGUCCUCCGCCGCCCGUAACUGUGGACAACGUCAUCCAGCUUGAACGCAUCCAGAUACACAGCAUGAUCAAGGAAGCCCUCACUAGCCGGAGCAACCUUCUCGGCCCAAUCAUGGCAUUUCGCGCAAUCUCGGGCGAGUCUGAGCGGUCGGGCAAUCAGCGCUCCGCCGGCGGCGUCGAAAUCGUUAGGGGUCGCAAAAACAUUGGUGGUUGGGUGCGUCCAGGGCAGCCUGUCGGUGUGAAGGUCGACUUGGUGGGUCCGAAGAUGUACGACUUCCUGGGCAUGCUCGUGGAGUUUGUCUUCCCGAGGCUGCGCGAGUUCCCUGGGCUGCUCAUGCCAGGUCCUUCGACACAGCUAUCGAUACCCAGCGAAGCAACUGGCGUCGUAUCGUUUGGACUGCCGCCAGAGGCAAUGUCCCUCUUCCCACAGAUAGAGGUCAACCUUGACGCAUAUCCCAAAACGUAUGGUUUGCACAUACACUUCAUCACGAAUGCAACGGGCGUAGGGGCACAGAAUCGAGCACGAGCAUUACUGUCAGGAUUCCAGGUGCCAUUCGCACGGCGGUGAUACGUGGGUGCUGUUGAGCUGUCACCGUCUGUACUUGAUCAAUUUUGCUUAAUAGCAUGGUGUUGCCGUCACGCCUGUUCUGUGUUACGGGUGGGCAGACGGCGAGAGACUGCGGACACUGCUGAAUGCGAUGUUUUGAA